AAACCAAAAAACAUAACACACUGAGUAAUGAACCGGAGCCCUAAAUCGGAGCUGCCCCACAAAUUACAAUGUGUAGCAUUCAGAUUAGACGCUGAAGUUGCCUCCGGGGCUGAGGAAGCGGACAGUAGCUAGCUAGCCGAGCGGCCCUGGUCACCAUGAAUCUAAGAGGACUUUUUCAGGACUUCAAUCCCAGUAAGUUCCUGAUCUACUCCUGCCUGCUGCUGUUCUCCGUGUUGCUGUCCUUGAGGCUGGAUGGGGUCAUUCAGUGGAGCUACUGGGCCGUGUUUACCCCAGUAUGGCUGUGGAAACUGUUGGUGAUCAUCGGGGCCUCUGUGGGCACUGGAGUGUGGGCACACAACCCUCAGUACAGGGCUGAAGGGGAGACAUGUGUGGAGUUCAAAGCCAUGCUGAUAGCUGUGGGGCUCCACGUCCUGCUGCUGAUGUUUGAGGUGUUGGUGUGCGACCGCGUGGAGAAGGGGAAAUACUUCUGGCUCCUCGUCUUUAUGCCUCUCUUCUUCGUGUCGCCCGUUUCUGUAGCAGCGUGCGUCUGGGGUUUCAGACACGAUCGCUCCCUUGAGCUGGAGGUGCUUUGUUCUGUAAAUAUUCUGCAGUUCAUCUUCAUCGCUCUGAGGCUGGACAAAAUCAUCAACUGGCCUUGGCUGGUGGUGUGUGUCCCUCUAUGGAUCCUGAUGUCCUUCUUGUGCCUUGUUGUCCUCUACUACAUCAUCUGGUCAGUUCUCUUCCUCCGCUCCAUAGACAUCAUCGCAGAGCAACGCCGCACUCACAUCACCAUGGCAAUCAGCUGGAUGACCAUCGUUGUACCUCUCCUCACCUUUGAGAUCCUUCUGGUGCACAAGCUGGAUGGCCACAACAGUCUGAGCUACGUGUGUGUGUUUGUCCCCCUGUGGCUCUCCCUGCUCACACUCAUGGCCACCACCUUCGGACAGAAAGGAGGGAACCACUGGUGGUUUGGUAUCCGUAAGGACUUCUGCCACUUCCUGCUGGAGCUGCUGCCCUUCCUCAGGGAGUACGGUAACGUGUCCUAUGACCUCCAACGCAGCGAGGACCCAGAGGCGGUCGAGGAUCUGCCAAUUCCUGAGCCGCCGCCAAAGAUCGCCCCCAUGUUCCACAAGAAAACCGGAGUGGUGAUCACACAGAUUCCUGGGAAGUACUUUGUCCCUCCACCAAAACUCUGCAUCGACAUGCCCGACUAACCGUCAGAGCCGGAGUGCCUGCAGCUGCUGGACUCAUGUUUUAAAACUAUGAAAGCCAAAACAGCAGAGGACACUGUGUAUAGAUUUAUCUGCUGACCUGAAGGAUUACCUAAACUGUGCAACAGCACGCCCUGCAAGGGGAGCUCUUCAGAGCCAGUGUAGCGGUGGCUCAAAAUUCAUCACACUGGUUUCAUCAGCUGUUUGAAGACUCUUCCCAAAUCUGUCUAAAAUGAAAUUAGUUGAACUGACUGUUUUUCACCUCUUGGUGAAGUCGCACUGUGUUGCUUAUUCCUUGUUAUAUCCAGUCUGAUGAACAUUUUGGGGUAUUUGAUUACAUAGAUGUCUGAGAUUCUCUUUAAUUAACACAUUUAAGUUUGCUUGAAGCUGAGUCGUACAGCAGAGUUGGAUCAGAGUGGAUCGGACUCUGAAACGUUGACUCCAGGGUUAAAGGGCAUGUGUCAAAAAUGACAUUUGCAUCAGUUUGUGAUGGGGACCAUUGGAAAGACACUGGCUUCAUUAUGGGAUCAGUGUACCCCAUUUGUUUCUGCUAUCUCUUUUAUUUGGCCAUGCGUGACUAAAUAAAAGAAAUAAGGGGUUUGAUUUAAUAGUUUUUUCAGGUUUGUUUAAAUGCAAUCCUUGCAUCUCUGUGCACUCAAGAGUAAGUCACUGUAAUCACACCAGAGAUUCUUUCCAGCCAUUAAUAAUUUAUUACUAAAUACUCAUUUCCAACAGCCACAAUAUGUUCUUUAUAAACUAACCAUCUUUCAUUCUGGAUUUUUCUGUCCUUUUCCCUCGUAUUAUUAAAAAACAGCUUUUCAGUAAAGCUGUUUAACAAUAAGCAUGACAGAGAGAUGGUUUGUUGCUGCAGGGACGGCACCAUUUGAAAAUAUUCUGUUGAUUUGACUACAUUAGUUGUCUUACAGCUGACAUUUCUGAAAGCACUUUGGUCCAUUGUGACAGAGUGCCUUUCCAUAUCGUUGCCAUUUGAUUUUAAUCUAAACAACUUUACUAGAGAUGCACCAAUCAGACUUUGUGGUCGAUUUCUGAUCUCUGGCUUAACCUCUGACCUGUCAAAACCAGUUUUAGCCCAACCAGAUUUCUCUUUAAGAACUAUAACAUAGGAAAGGCCAAAGCAUUAUUCUUUUUUUUUUUUUAAAGAUUUUAAAAUAAAGCCAAAUCAUCAUGGAGUGGAUAUUUUAAACUCUUUUCUGGACCUUAUAUUUCCCUAGGUAGCAUCUUGAAAAUCUCAUCUUUGUGUGUAAAUCCCAGAGAUGGGAGAUCCUUACCUUAUGCUCUGGGAUAUCAUUUCCAAAUCCAGCACUUUCCAGAACAGACAGAGGUUAAAAGGUCAAAAUGAGAAAACAGAACAACGAGGUUGGAAUAUGUUCAGCCUUCCUGUUAUCUGCUAAACAUUUUGCUCUCUCAGCCUAACUAGCCCAUAGUCUCAUAUUGUAGAAAAUUCUGUUUGUUUUCAGUUUCUUGCAUCUCCGAGCUUCUGCUGCUGCUGAAAAUAGCUAACCUUCUCCCUCAGUAACAGCAUCCACACUAAAGAGUGUUGUUAACACAACUUGUCAGUUCUUCAGGAUGCUUUAUUUCGCUGAAAAAGCUUGUUCUUUUAGGCAUCUGACCAGCUUGCAUUGGUCAGGGUCUGCUAAUUUCUCUGUUCUCGUUUAAUCAUCACAGGCCAAUGUAUGAGAAAAGAAAAAGUUUGAUCACAGUGACUUGUUCUUUAAUGUGUUUGCAAGCAUUGUUGUUAAAAAUGAACCUGAUUAAAAUGUUUUGUUUUUUUUCAUUAGGAGAAAAUCAGAAAUGGCACUUUGUUAACCUGUUCCAAGAGAAGCACUGUAGGACUUCUUAUGUUUUGUAUACUUUGUUUUUCUCUGUUUUUGUAAAUACUACAGCUCCUGAAGGUUGGGACCAGAAGAUUGAAAUAAAAUCAGUCCUAUAAUCCUA